CCACGGUAGCGCACUGCUGGCAUUGGCAGCGGCAGGGAGUCCACGGACCGGGGGAGGGUAGGCAUUGAAUGACAGUACGCGGUGUGGUGUGCAGUGGGCGCGGAGGGCUUACCCGGUCUGCCCUAUAUGGUUGUGGAAUUAGCUCCAUGCUAAUAUCGGCAGGAGAAGCAAAGCAUCGCGUUUCUAUCUAGCCUACUGCCUCUCUAGUCAGUGGUGUCUUUCAGAGUCUAAACAGGCUCCUUCACAGCCAUGGCUGAGGGCGGAGAAGGGGAAGAUGAUAUACAGUUCUUACGAACUGAUGACGAGGUGGUGCUGCAGAGUGUCGCCACCAUCCAGAAGGAGAAUCGCAAGUUUUGUCUGUCCGUGGAGGGACUCGGAAAUCGACUAUGCUUCCUCGAACCUACAUCUGAGGCUAAGUAUGUUCCUCCUGACCUUUGUAUCUGCUGUUUCAUCCUGGAGCAGUCCCUGUCUGUCCGGGCCCUGCAGGAGAUGUUAGCUCAUACAGUGCCUAACAAUGAGGGGAAAGCGGACCAUGAACAGUGGAGGUUGUUGAGGAGGGCGGCCCAGGGGGGUGGACACCGGACCCUGCUCUAUGGUCACGCCAUCCUCCUACGCCACUCCUUCAGCGGAAUGUACCUGACCUGCUUGAAGACAUCGAGGUCGUUGACAGACAAACUGUCAUUUGACGUGGGAUUACAAGAAGAUUCAAUAGGAGAGGCAUGUUGGUGGACCAUCCACCCUGCGUCCAAGCAGAGGUCAGAGGGAGAGAAGGUCCGUAUCGGAGACGACCUCAUCCUGGUCAGCGUGUCCACAGAGAGGUACCUGCACCUGUCCAUCUCUAGCGGUAGUUUCCAGGUGGAUGCCUCCUUUAUGCAGACUCUGUGGAACGUCCAGCCUACCUGCUCAGGAAGCAACGUGGCUGUAGGAUUCCUGUGUGGUGGUCACGUGAUGCAUCUUUGUCACGGGCAUGAUGAGAGUCUGACCAUACCUGGGUCAGAGGCCAGCGAGAUGGAGCAGAGGAUUGUGAACUAUGAGAUGGGUAAAGGAGCAUCCAGGGCCCGCUCUCUCUGGAGGCUGGAGCCCCUCAGGAUUGGUUGGAGCGGUAGCCACAUUCGCUAUGGACAGGCGUUCCGUCUGCGUCACCUGUCUACCGGUCACUACCUGGCGCUGACCGAAGAACAUGGUCUGGUCUUACAGGAGAGAGAGAAGUCCGAUACCAAGUCCACCUCUUUCUGCUUCAGGGCUACCAAGGAAAAGAUAGAGUCGGGUACAAAGAAUCGAGACAUAGAAGGUAUGGGAGUAGCAGAGAUCAAGUAUGGGGACUCAGCCUGCUUCGUGAUGCACGUGGCUACAGGUCUGUGGCUGUCCUAUCAGGCACCUGACGCCAAGGCCUCCCGUAUAGGACCCCUGAAGAGAAGGGCCUGUCUGCAUGCUGAGGGUCACAUGGACGACGGACUGACCCUCCAGCGUUGUCAACACGAGGAGGCACGGGCUGUACGCAUCAUCAGGAACACCACUGUCCUCUUCAGCCACUUCAUCAAGGGUCUGGACAGUAUAGGAAGGGAUAAGAACGUGGAGGUGUCUCUGCCUAACUUUGACGAGGUGUUGCAGACGCUGGAUGACCUGAUUGAGUAUUUCAAACAGCCCGACUCAGAGCUGGAACAUGAGGAGAAACAAACUCUGCUGAGAUCUCUCAUCAAACGACAGGACCUUUUCAAAGAGGAGGGCAUGCUGGCCCUGCUGGUGAUGUGCAUCGACCGUCUCAACCUGUACAACAGCGCUGCUCACUUUGGAGAGCAUGCUGGGGAAGAGGCUGGGGCGGCAUGGAAGAGCAUCCUCAACCUCCUCUACCAACUACUGGCCUCUCUGAUCAAAGGGAACCGGAACAACUGUACCCAGUUCUCCAGGAACCUGGACUGGCUGGUCAGCAAGCUGGAGAGACUGGAGUCCUCAUCAGGUAUCCUGGAGGUGCUCCAUUGUAUUCUGAUAGAGUCUCCGGAGGCUCUGAACAUCAUCCAGAAAGGACACAUCAAGUCCAUCAUCUCCCUGCUCUACAAACACGGACGCAACCACAAGAUCCUGGACGUCCUGUGCUCUCUGUGUGUGUGUAACGGGGUGGCAGUGAGAGCCAAUCAGAACCUCAUCUGUGAUCACCUGCUUCCGAAGAGAGACCUGCUCCUCCAGACACGAUUGGUCAAUGACGUUCAGAGUAUGAGGCCCAACAUCUUCCUAGGGGUGGCGGAGGGUUCAGCCCAGUAUAAGAAGUGGUACUUUGAGCUGAUGAUCGACCAGGUGGACCACUAUGUGACCAGUGAGCCAUCCCACCUGCGUGUGGGCUGGGCCUCCACUAAGGGUUAUGCCCCCUACCCGGGGGGUGGAGAGGGAUGGGGGGGCAACGGAGUGGGUGACGACCUUUACUCAUACAGCUUUGACGGACUCCACCUGUGGUCAGGCCGUAUCUCCCGGGCGGUAGCCUCGAUCAACCAGCACUUGUUGAGCAGUGAUGACGUGGUGAGCUGUUGUCUGGACCUGGGCGCUCCUUCCAUGUCCUUCAGGAUCAACGGCCAGCCAGUACAGGGCAUGUUUGAAGACUUCAACACCGACGGAUUCUUCUUCCCUGUGGUCAGCUUCUCUGCGGGGGUCAAGGUGCGUUUCCUGCUGGGUGGUCGUCAUGGAGACUUUAAGUUCCUGCCCCCGGCAGGUUACUCCCCGUGUUACGAGGCCCUGCUCCCCAAGGAGAAGAUGAGGGUGGAGGCUGUGAAGGAGUACAAGAGAGACCAUGGAGGGGUCAGGGACCUACUGGGGACAACACAGUUCCUCUCCCAGGCCUCAUUCAUCCCCACACCUGUAGACACCAGCCAGAUUGUUCAACCUCCUCACUUGGACAACGUGCGUGACAGACUAGCAGAGAACAUCCAUGAACUUUGGGGCAUGAACAAGAUUGAAUUGGGCUGGUCCUAUGGCAAGAUUCGAGAUGACAACAAGAGGCAGCACCCCUGUCUGGUGGAUUUCACCAAGCUGCCUGAAACUGAGAAGAACUAUAACCUGCAGAUGUCUAGCGAAACACUAAAGACACUGUUGGCAUUGGGAUGUCAUGUGACACAGACCAACGUUAACGCUGAGGACGAUCUGAAGAAAGUCAAACUGCCCAAAGACUAUGUUAUGUCUAACGGGUACAAGCCAACGCCGCUGGAUCUUUCUGAGGAGAAACUGACGGCUGGUCAUGAGGUUCUGGUAGAUAAACUGGCGGAGAACGCUCACAACGUUUGGGCCAAGGACAGGAUCAAACAAGGAUGGACCUACGGCAUUCAGCAGGACGUGAAGAGCAGGCGAAACCCUCGUCUGGUGCCGUACGCUUUACUCGACGAGAGAACCAAGAAGUCUAACAGAGACAGUCUGAGAGAGGCCAUCAGGACCCUGGUGGGAUAUGGCUACAACAUCGACCCCCCAGACCAGGAACCCUGUCAUAUUGUGGAGAGGCAGAGCAUUGAGACGGUCCGGUUCUUCCGCGUAGAGCAGACAUAUGCAGUGAAGACAGGGAAGUGGUACUUUGAGUUUGAGGCCCUGACCGGAGGGGACAUGAGGGUUGGUUGGGCUAGACCAGGCUGUAGAUCAGACUUUGACCUGGGCAUGGACGACCAGGCCUACAUCUUCGAUGGAUACAAGGGCCGUCGAAUGCACAUGGGUGCACGUUUCUUCGGCCAGUCAUGGAACAAGGGAGACGUGGUGGGCUGCAUGAUCAACAUGGAGGACAAGUCUAUGGUCUUCACCCUCAAUGGAGAGCUACUCAUCACUAACAAGGGAUCUGAGCUCUGCUUCGUUGACUUCCAGACAGAUGAUGGCUUCAUCCCAGUGUGUUGUCUGGCCCAGUCUGAGAUUGGCCGUAUGAACCUGGGGAAGGACGCCAGCAGCUUUAAGUAUUACACCACGUGUGGCCUGCAGGAGGGCUUUGAACCCUUCGCUGUCAACAUGAACAGAGAGGUCACCAUGUGGUUCAGCAAACGCAUGCCUACCUUCGUCAACAUCCCCAAGGACCACAACCACAUCGAGGUGACGAGGAUAGAUGGGACAGUGGACAACCCUCCGUGCCUGAAGGUGACCCACAAGACGUUUGGGACCCAGCAGAGCAACAGUGACAUGCUGUACUGCAGACUGAGCAUGCCUGUAGAGCUCCACGCCCCUCACAUCAAUGCUGACGAGUCUCAGAAACUCAGUCAGCCUCCAAAGGUCGAUGAUUAUGGCAGCAUUACAACGUAUUAUCACUCAGUGAGGGUGUUUGCUGGCCAGGACCCAGCAUCGGUGUGGGUUGGCUGGGUAACCCCUGACUACCAUUAUCAUAGCAAACAAUUCAGCCUUAACAAGACACGCACGGUUACCGUAACCCUGGGAGACGAAAGAGGACGCGUCCACGAGAGUGUUCGGAGGAGUAACUGCUACAUGGUGUGUGCUGGAGAUGUUGUCGGCUCCUCCCACUCCUCAUCCCGGUCUAACAUCGACCUGGAGAUUGGCUGUCUCGUUGACCUGGCAACAGGCUUUCUCUCCUUCACAGCCAAUGGCAAGGACCUGGCGACCACCUAUGAGGUGGAGCCCAACACUAAGCUGUUCCCUGCUGUGUUUGUGCGUCCCACCAGCACCAACCUCUUCCAGUUUGAGUUUGUCAAGAUCAAGGAUGCCAUGCCCCUGUCGUCAGCCAUCUUUAAGAGUGAACAGCGUAACCCUGUGCCCCAGUGUCCUCCACGUCUGGACGUUCAGACCAUCGUAGCGGUGCUGUGGAGCCGUAUGCCCAACACCUUCCUCACCGUGGAGACCGCCAGGGUCUCAGAGAGACACGGCUGGGUGGUGCAGUGUCUGGAGCCACUGCAGAUGAUGGCCGUUCAUAUACCUGAGGAAAACAGGUGUCUGGACAUCCUGGAGCUAUCGGAGAAUGAGGGUCUGAGGAAGUUCCACUACCACACCCUGAUGCUCUACUGUGCCCUCUGCGCAUUGGGCAACACCCGUGUGGCACACGCCCUCUGCUCCCACCUCGACCAAUCACAGCUGCUCUACACCAUUGACAACCAAUACCUGUCCGGCAUGCUGAGAGAGGGAUUCUAUAAUGUUCUUAUGAGCAUCCACCUGGAGACAGCGAAGGAGGCUCGUCUGAUGAUGAACAACGAGUUUAUUAUCCCUGUGACUGACGAGACGCGCUCCAUCAAGCUGUUCCCUGACGAGUCCAAGAGACACUCUCUACCCGGUGUAGGCCUCAGCACCUCACUGAAACCACGCCUCAACUUCUCCCCUCUCUCCUUCAUCACCACCAAGAAACAGCAGCACCUCCACAGUCCCCAGAUCCCCCUGGGCAUCCUGAAGGAGAAGGCCAUCAGUAUGCUGACUGAGGCGGUGCAGGGAGGAGGCAGUCACAUCAGAGACCCAGUAGGGGGCAGUGUGGAGUACCAGUUUGUCCCCAUCCUCAAGCUGAUCGGGACCUUGCUGAUCAUGGGGGUACUCUCCAGCGAGGAGGUGAGGCUGAUCCUGCUCCUCAUUGACCCUAAUGUGUUCGGGGAGCCGGAGGAGGAGGAGGUGGCAGCAUCAGCAGGAGGAGGAGAGAAGGAGGAGGUGAGCAGCAACGAGGAGAAGGCUGUGGAGGCUGGUGAGGAGGAGACCAAGGAGGUCAAACCGACCGUGAAGGGACUGCUGGAGAAGACACUGCCUGAGUCUGUCAAACGACAGAUGUGUGAGCUGCUGCACUACUUCUGUGACUGUGAGUUGAAGCAGCGUAUCGAGGCCAUCGUGUCCUUCUCAGACAGCUUCGUGUCCAAGCUGCAGUACAACCAGAAGUUCAGGUACAACGAGUUGAUGUUGGCCCUCAACAUGUCUGCUGCCGUCACCGCCAAGAAGACCAAGGAGUUCAGAUCCCCUCCUCAGGAGCAGAUCAACAUCCUGUUAAACUUUGCUGCUGGGGAGGACUGUCCCUGUCCUGAAGAGAUUCAGGAGGACCUCUACAAAUUUCAUGAUGAGCUGAGACUGCACUGCGGCAUCCCAGUGGAGGAGGAGGAGGAGCAGGAAGACACGUCUAUGAAGGGUCGUCUGCUGGCCAUGCUCUAUAAGAUCAAGGGACCGCCCAAGAAACUAGAGGAGGAACCUACGGAGGAGGAACAGGCCGCUCCUACCAACCUGAAGGAGUUGAUCAGCCAGACCAUGGCUAGCUGGGCUCAGGAGUGCAGCAUCCAGGAUCCAGAGCUGGUUCGUGUGAUGUUCAGCCUGCUGAGACGUCAGUACGACGGCAUCGGAGCGCUGCUCAGGGCCAUGAAGAAGAGUUACACCAUCUCUGCUGUGUCAGUACAGGACUGUGUCAACCUCCUGGCCUCUCUGGGCCAGAUCAGAUCACUACUGUCUGUACGCAUGGGGAAAGAAGAGGAGAAACUAAUGAUCGACGGACUGGGUGACAUAAUGAACAACAAGGUGUUCUACCAGCACCCCAACCUAAUGAGAGUCCUGGGGAUGCAUGAGACUGUCAUGGAGGUGAUGGUCAACGUGCUGGGAGGAGACAAGUCACAGGAGAUAGCCUUCCCCAAGAUGGUUGCCAGCUGCUGUCGAUUCCUGUGUUACUUCUGUCGUAUCAGCCGACAGAACCAGAAGGCCAUGUUCGACCAUCUGAGUUAUCUACUGGAGAACAGCUCCGUCGGACUGGCCUCCCCAGCAAUGAGGGGUUCUACUCCCCUGGACGUAGCAGCAUCUUCAGUGAUGGACAACAACAGCCUGGCCCUCGCUCUGGAGGAGCCUGACCUUGAGAAGGUGGUAACCUACCUGGCAGGCUGUGGGCUGCAGAGCUGUGUCAUGCUCCUGGCUAAAGGAUAUCCUGACAUUGGCUGGAACCCCAUAGAGGGAGAGAGAUAUCUGUCUUUCCUCCGCUUCGCUGUCUUCAGCAACGGUGAGAGUGUAGAGGAGAACUCUAACACGGUGGUGAAGCUGCUGAUCAGGCGUCCCGAGUGUUUUGGUCCCGCUCUGAGAGGAGAGGGGGGCAACGGUCUGCUGGCGGCCAUGCUGGAAGCCAUUAAGAUAUCUGAGGACCCUGCUCUGGACCUGCCCUGUACAGCCAAUGGAGAACCUUCUGGAUCUGGUGAGGAUGAGGAGGAAGAGGUUGCCCACACAGGAAACGCCAUCAUGUCCUUUUACUCUGCCCUUAUUGACCUGCUGGGACGCUGCGCCCCUGAGAUGCACUUGAUCAACAAGGGUAAAGGUGAGGCAUUGCGUAUCCGGGCCAUCCUGCGCUCCCUGGUUCCUACCACAGACCUGGUGGGCAUCAUCAGUAUACCACUCAAGAUGCCCAUUGUCAAUAAAGACGGUAGUGUGACAGAGCCAGACAUGUCGGCCAGUUUCUGUCCGGACCACAAGGCCCCCAUGGUGUUGUUUCUGGACCGUGUGUACGGCGUGGAGGACCAGAGUUUUCUGCUACACCUGUUGGAGGUGGGCUUCCUGCCUGACCUCCGCGCCUCCGCCUCCCUGGACACGGAUGUGUUAAGCACCACAGAGACCGCUCUGGCCAUGAACAGGUACAUCGGUUCGGCCCUGCUUCCCCUGCUGACCAGGUGUGCUGGCCAGUUCUCGGGCACGGAGCACUACGCGGCGCUCAUCGACUCUACCCUCCACACUAUCUAUCGGCUGUCCAAGGGACGCUCCCUCACCAAGGCCCAGAGAGACUCUAUCGAGGAGUGUCUGCUUGCCAUCUGCAAACAUCUGCGCCCUUCCAUGAUGCAACAGCUGCUGAGGCGUCUGGUGUUCGAUGUUCCCCUGCUGACAGAGUACUGCAAGAUGCCACUCAGGCUGCUGACUGAACACUAUGAGCAGAGCUGGAAGUACUACUGUCUUCCCUCGGGGCUGGGGAGCUCUGGCAUGGCCUCAGAGGAAGAACUGCUGCUCACCAAGAAACUCUUCUGGGGAAUAUUCGACUCCCUCUCAACAAAGAGGUUUGACUCUGACCUGUUCAAGACUGCCAUGGCCUGUCUGAGUGCCAUUUCUGGGGCAUUACCGCCUGACUAUGUGGAUGCCAGCCCCGGUGUCAUCCUGGAGAAGCAGGCGUCUGUGGACACACACGGCAACUUCGACCCCAAACCCAUCAACACUGCCAAUAUGUCCCUUCCAGAGAAACUGGACGACAUCGCCAACAAGUUUGCAGAGCAUUCGCACGUCAAAUGGUCCUCAGAGAAGGUGACAGCGGGAUGGAAAAUGGGAGAGUGCGUAGAUGAUGAUGCCAAAACUCACCCUCUGCUGAAACCUUACAAGUCACUGAGUGAGAAGGAGAGGGAGACGUACCGCUGGCCAGUGAAGGAGUCUCUAAGGAGUAUGUUAGCUUUGGGCUGGAACAUGGAGAGGACCAAGGAGGGAGAGGCCAUGUUAAUCAGGAAACAAAGCAAGAUCUCAGAGUCCACUCAGGACAACGAUAACGAAUUCAUCCCUGAACCACCACUGGAUCUGAACAAUAUUACUCUAUCCAGAGAGUUGCAGGGGAUGGUGGAGGUAGUAGCAGAGAACUACCACAACAUCUGGGCCAAGAAGAAGAAGGCUGAGCUGAGUAGUAAAGGAGGAGGGAGCCACCCAUUGCUGGUGCCCUAUGACACUCUGACAGCCAAGGAGAAAUACAGAGACAGAGAGAAGGUCCAAGAUCUCUUUAAAUUUCUUCAGAUCAAUGGAUACACUAUCACCAGAGGCCUGAAGGACGUGGAGCAAGACUCAUCAUCCAUGGAGAAGAGGUUUUCUUACACGUUCCUCAAGAGGUUGCUGAAGACUGUGGACUCGGCUCAGGAGUUCGUCGCCCACCUAGAGGCCAUGGCCACCAGCGGAAAGACAGACAAAUCGCCUCACGAUCAGGAAAUCAAGUUCUUUGCCAAGGUGCUGCUACCUCUCAUAGACAUGUACUUUAAGAACCACAGCAUGUACUUCCUGUCCUCGCCCAGUAAGAACCUGAGCAGCAGUGGCUACGCCUCUAACAAAGAGAAGGAGAUGAUCACCAGCCUGUUCUGUAAGAUGGCAGCUCUUGUCAGACACAGGAUCUCCCUCUUUGGGAGCGACUCGGCUGUUAUGGUGAGCUGUCUACACAUCCUGGCUCAUUCCCUGGACACAAGGACGGUGAUGAAGUCAGGCUCAGAGAUGGUGAAGGCUGGGGUCAGGACGUUAUUUGAGAACGCAGCGGAGGACCUAGAGAAGACCCUGGAGAUGUUGAAGCUGGGGAAGUUCAGCCAGUCCCGGAGCCAGAUGAAGGGCUUGUCCCAGAACAUCACCUACGCCACCACUGCUCUGCUGCCCAUCCUCACAGCCCUGUUCGAACAUGUCACCAUGCACAACUUUGGAGUCGGCCUGUUGGUGGAUGAUGUCCAGCUGUCAUGCUAUCGCAUUGUGACGUGUCUCUACUCAUUGGGCACGGGGAAACACAUCUUCAUGGAGAGGCACCUACCAGCCCUAGGGGAGUGUCUGGCCACCCUGGUAGGAGCCAUGCCUGUAGCUUUCCUGGAGCCUGAUCUCAACGCUCACAACCCCCUGUCUGUAUUCAACACCAAGACACCGCGAGAGAGGGCCAUCUUGAGUAUGCCUGACUCUGUGGAGGAGAUGUGUUCAGAGGUGCCUCGUCUGGAUCGCCUGCUGAAGGACAUCAACGACAUCUCAGAGUCUGGAGCACGAUACACAGAGAUGCCACAGGUGAUUGAGGUGAUCCUGCCCAUGUUGUGUAACUACCUGUCCUACUGGUGGGAGCGAGGAACAGAGAACUCUGCUCCACACACAGCCUGCUGCACCACCGUGUGCUCCAACCACCUCAGCAUCAUCCUGGGAAACAUCCUCAAGAUCCUCAACAACAACCUGGGCAUCGACGACGCUCCCUGGAUGAAGAGGAUCGCAGUCUACUCUCAGCCAAUCAUCUGUAAGGCUGCAGCAGACCUCCUGAAGAGUCACUUCCUGCCCACUCUAGAGAAACUCAGGAAGAAGACAGUCAAGGUGGUGGCAGAGGAGGAGCUGCUGAAGGCUGACAUUAAAGGAGACACUCAGGAAGCUGAGCUUCUCAUUCUGGAUGAGUUUGCUGUCCUCUGUAGAGACCUGUACGCCUUCUACCCAAUGCUCAUCCGCUACAUGGACAACAACAGGUCCAGAUGGUUGAAGAGGCCUGAUGCUCAGUCCAACGAGCUCUUCACCAUGGUGGCAGAGAUCUUCAUCCUCUGGUGCAAAUCACACAACUUCAAAAGGGAAGAGCAGAACUUUGUGGUUCAGAAUGAAAUCAACAACCUGUCUUUCUUGACUGGGGAACGUAAGACCAAGAUGUCCAAGUCAGGUGGUGACCAGGAUAGGAAGCACAAGAAGCGGCGUGGAGAGUUGUACUCUGUCCAGACCUCUCUGAUCGUAGCCGCACUGAAGAAGAUGCUGCCCAUCGGACUCAACAUGUGCACCCCAGGAGACCAGGAGCUCAUCUCAUUGGCCAAGAUAAGAUACAGUCUGAAAGACACAGACGAUGAGGUGAAGGACCACUUGCGUGAGAACCUACAUCUUCAGGACAAGUCUGAUGACCUGGCAGUGCAGUGGCAGAUGAACCUGUAUAAGGAUGUGGUGGUGGUGGGGAGUGAGGAACAUGCAGACCCAGAACAAACUGUGGCCAGAAUACAAAGCAUCUCCGCUGCAGUCUUCCACCUGGAGCAGGUGGAGCAGCCUCUGAGGAUGAAGAAGUGUGUGUUUCAGAAGCUGCUGUCCAAACAGCGUAAACGUGCCGUGGUGGCCUGCUUCCGUAUGGCUCCUCUGUACAACCUCCCCAGAUACAAAAUUAACAAUUACUUCCUGAACGGCUAUCGGUACGUUUGGCUGGAAAAGGCGUUCGCUGAAUCAAAUUUUGACCGCCUGUUCUCCGUAUUAACGAAAACCCCAAUGAAGAUCGUGGAGGAGGAGGAAGAGGAGGAGGUUGAGAUCCAGCCAGACCCUCUUCAUCAGCUUAUCCUUCACUUCAGCCACAACGCCCUCACAGAGAGAAGUUUCUUGGAAGAAGAUUCGUUGUAUAUUGCGUAUGCAGACAUGAUGGCAAAGAGUUGUGCAGAGGAUGAAGAGGAGGAAGAAGAGGAAGAGGGGAAAGAGAAGACAUUUGAGGAGAAGGAGAUGGAGAAACAGAAGAUCUUGUACCAGCAGGCCAGGCUCCACGCCCGCGGGGCUGCUGAGAUGGUGCUACAGAUGAUCAGCGCCAGUAAAGGUCGACUAGGUCCUAUGGUGACCUGCACCCUCAAACUGGGCAUCUCCAUCCUCAACGGAGGCAACGUGCUGGUCCAGCAGAAAAUGCUGGAUUAUCUGAAAGAGAAAAGAGAUGCAGGCUUUUUCAAGAGUUUGUCAGGCCUCAUGCAGUCCUGCAGUGUCCUGGACUUAAAUGCCUUUGAGAGACAGAACAAAGCGGAAGGUCUGGGGAUGGUGACAGAUGAAGGAUCCUGUUCCAAAGUGCUGACGAAUGAUGACUUCACCAAAGAUCUCUUCAGGUUUUUACAACUGCUCUGUGAGGGGCACAAUGGGGAUUUCCAAAACUUCCUGAGAACACAAACAGGAAACACGUUGACAGUCAACAUUAUCAUCAGCACAGUGGACUACCUGCUACGGCUUCAGGAAUCUAUCAGUGACUUCUACUGGUAUUAUUCUGGGAAAGACAUUAUCGACGAGGCAGGGCAGGUCAACUUCUCCAAAGCCUUAGCUGUCGCAAAGCAGAUCUUCAACUCGCUCACUGAGUACAUCCAGGGCCCAUGUAUUGGGAACCAGCAGAGUCUGGCCCACAGCAGACUGUGGGAUGCGGUGGUGGGAUUCCUGCAUGUGUUUGCCAACAUGCAGAUGAAGCUGUCCCAGGACUCGUGUCAGAUUGAGCUGCUGAAGGAGUUGAUGGAUCUUCAGCAGGACAUGGUGGUGAUGAUGCUGUCACUGCUGGAGGGCAACGUGGUGAAUGGAACGAUUGGAAAGCAGAUGGUGGACACUCUGGUGGAGUCCUCCAGCAACGUAGAGAUGAUCCUCAAGUUCUUCGACAUGUUCCUCAAGAUCAAGGACCUGACCACCUCUGACAACUUCAGGGAGUACGACCCCGAGAACAAGGGGGUCAUCUCCAAAAAAGAUUUCCAGAAGUCCAUGGAGAACCAGAAGCAAUACACCCAGUCGGAGAUUGAGUUCCUCCUCUCCUGCGCCGAGGCCGACGAGAAUGACAUGUUCAACUACGAGGAGUUUGUGGAGCGGUUCCACGAGCCGGCCAAAGACAUCGGCUUCAACAUAGCUGUGCUGCUCACUAACCUCUCUGAGCACAUGCCUCACGACCCCCGUCUGGCCACCUUCCUGGAACCAGCUGAGAGCGUGCUGAACUACUUCGAGCCGUACCUGGGCCGCAUCGAGAUCAUGGGCGGAGGGAAGCGCAUCGAGAGGGUCUACUUUGAGAUCAGCGAGUCCAGCCGCACGCAGUGGGAGAAGCCACAGGUCAAAGAGUCCAAGAGACAGUUCAUCUUCGACGUGGUCAACGAGGGUGGAGAGAGCGAGAAGAUGGAGAUGUUUGUGAACUUCUGCGAAGACACCAUCUUUGAGAUGCAGCUGGCGUCUCAGAUCUCGGAGCCAGAAGUGGCGGAACGCCCGGAGGAGGAAGAGGAGGAGGUGCACAACUUGCUAGAAGAGCUGGCUGAGCAAGAGGAGGAGAGAGAGUUGGAGGCUUCCUCGGCUUUCACCAUGGUCUGUGUCGCCGCCAAGAAGAAGAUCUCCAACUUCCGACAGAUGCUGACCUUCAAGACCCUCAAGAAGCAGUACAAGAAGACCAAGAAGCUGAGCAUGAAGGAGGUGAUCAUUGGGUUCUUCUCCUUUUUCUGGAUGCUCUUCGCAGGGUUCUUCAAGGGGAUCUACAGCCUCAUCUUCGGAUUCUUCCACCUCAUAUGGUCAUCCAUGUUCGGAGGCGGCCUCGUCGAAGGAGCCAAGAACAUGAAGGUGACAGACAUCUUGGGCAACAUGCCUGACCCCACCCAGUUCGGUAUCCAUGGCGACGUGUUGGAGACGGAAAAGGUGGAGGUGGGUGAUUCUGUGUCGGGCGGGACAGACCAGGCCAUCAAACCGUCGGACAAGGCAGAGCAGGACAUCUUGAUGGAGAUGAUUAAUCCCACGCCAAAGAAAGGGGAAGGGUUAAAACACGUUGAUCCUGGACUGGGAGACGUCUCUGAGACUCCUGAGACCACCGCCACUGUGGAGAAGAAGAAAGCUGCUUCUGAACCAAUGGAGUUGGAACCAGAGAAAGCAGACACAGAGAAGAAGGAAAAGGAAGACAAGGUCAAGGCGGAGCAGCCUAAAGAGGAAGUGGCUCAGGAUAAGCCCAUUCCCAAGUCCAGAAACAGCCAAUCAAAGGAGGCUCCUACUUCCUUCUUUGCCAGCUUCUUGGCUGGGCUGGAGGUCUACCAGGCCAAGAUGCUGAACACGUUGGCUCGGAACUUCUACAACAUGCGUUUCCUGGCUCUGUUUGUGGCAUUUGCCAUCAACUUCAUUCUACUGUUCUACAAGGUGACUGCUGCUGAGGAUGAUGAGGAUGACUCUUGGACUAGUUCUGAUGACGAUGAUGAUGAAGGUGGCGAGGAGUACUUUGUCCUGGAGGAGAGUACAGGCUACAUGGCUCCUAUUCUGUGUUUCCUGGCUGUGUUCCACACUGCCCUCUCUAUCCUCUGUUUGGUUGGCUACUACUUUCUCAAAGUGCCUCUGGUGGUGUUUAAGAGAGAGAAGGGGAUCGCCAGGCUGUUGGAGUUUGAAGGUCUCUACAUCACAGAGCAGCCGGCAGACGAUGACAUCACGGGCCAGUGGGACCGCCUCGUCAUCAACACCCCAUCCUUCCCCAAUAACUACUGGGACAAGUUUAUCAAACGAAAGGUCAUUAAUAAGUAUGGAGACCUGUAUGGAGCUGAGCGGAUAGCUGAGCUGUUGGGUCUGGAUAAGAGCGCCCUGGACUUCGACCCGACUCAGGAGACCGUGGUGGAGGCAGCUUCUCUUGUAUCCUGGUUGAGCUCUAUCGACACCAAGUACCACAUCUGGAAAAUGGGAGUGGUGCUGACUGAUAACUCGUUCCUGUACCUGAUCUGGUACGCCACCAUGUCCAUCCUGGGGCACUAUAACAACUUCUUCUUCGCUGCCCAUCUGCUGGACAUCGCCAUGGGCUUCAAGACCCUCCGGACCAUCCUGUCCUCCGUCACUCACAACGGAAAACAGUUGGUGCUGACUGUAGGUCUGUUGGCGGUGGUGGUGUAUCUGUACACUGUAGUGGCCUUCAACUUCUUCAGAAAGUUCUACAACAAGAGCGAGGACGAGGACGCACCUGACAUGAAGUGUGACGACAUGAUGACUUGCUAUCUGUUCCACCUGUACGCGGGGGUGAGGGCCGGCGGUGGUAUCGGUGAUGAGCUCGAGGACCCGGCCGGAGACCCCUACGAGCUGUGGCGUAUCCUCUUCGACAUCACCUUCUUCUUCUUCGUCAUCGUCAUCCUCCUGGCCAUCAUUCAGGGUUUGAUUAUUGAUGCGUUUGGGGAACUGAGAGACCAGCAGGAGCAGGUGAAGGAGGAUAUGGAGACUAAAUGCUUCAUCUGUGGAAUUGGAAACGACUACUUUGACACGACACCCCACGGCUUUGAGACCCACACCUUACAAGAACACAACCUGGCCAACUACCUCUUCUUCCUGAUGUACCUCAUCAACAAGGACGAGACUGAACACACUGGUCAGGAGUCGUAUGUGUGGAAGAUGUAUCAGGAGAGAUGCUGGGACUUCUUCCCUGCUGGGGACUGUUUCAGGAAGCAGUAUGAGGACCUGCUUGGGUAGAGAGGACAUCUAACACUACCCAGCUACUCUCCAACCCUACCUUGAUAGAGAGAACACCUAAAACUACAUUAGCUAGCUACCCUACCUGUGUAGAGAGGACACUUCCCAUUUACCGUAAAGCACUGUCUGUAUUUGAGAGACAAGUCUACUCACAAACCCUACAUCCUAUCUGAGGCAGCCUUCUUCCAUCACUUCAACAACAUUUAAUGGAUAGAGGACACCAGAACACUACCCUACAACACUAUCUGGGUAGAGAGGACACCAGAACACUACCCUACAACACUAUCUGGGUAGAGAGGACACCAGAACACUACCCUACAACACUAUCUGGGUAGAGAGGACACCAGAACACUACCCUACAACACUAUCUGGGUAGAGAGGACACCAGAACACUACCCUACAACACUAUCUGGGUAGAGAGGACACCAGAACACUACCCUACAACACUAUCUGGGUAGAGAGGACACCAGAACACUACCCUACAACACUAUCUGGGUAGAGAGGACACCAGAACACUACCCUACAACACUAUCUGGGUAGAGGACACCAGAACACUACCCUACAACACUAUCUGGGUAGAGAGGACACCAGAACACUACCCUACAACACUAUCUGGGUAGAGAGGACACCAGAACACUACCCUACAACACUAUCUGGGUAGAGGACACCAGAACACCAUCCAGCUACCCUACAACACUGUCUGGGUAGAGAGGACACCAGAACACCAUCCAGCUACCCUACAACACUAUCUGGGUAGAGGACACCAGAACACUACCCUACAACACUAUCUGGGUAGAGAGGACACCAGAACACUACCCUACAACACUAUCUGGGUAGAGAGGACACCAGAACACUACCCUACAACACUAUCUGGGUAGAGAGGACACCAGAACACUACCCUACAACACUAUCUGGGUAGAGAGGACACCAGAACACCACCCAGCUACCCUACAACACUAUCUGGGUAGAGGACACCAGAACACCACCCUACAACACUAUCUGGGUAGAGAGGACACCACACCACCACCCAGCUACCCUACAACACUAUCUGGGUAGAGGACACCAGAACACCACCCUACAACACUAUCUGGGUAGAGAGGACACCACACCACCACCCAGCUACCCUACAACACUAUCUGGUAAAGACUAACUCACUUGAACCUUUAAUGGAACAUGACAUCUAGCUCCACUUAGCUCUUCUGCUGCCAUUGUAUCCAUCAUACAGUAUCACCUAAUGAACUGGCCAGCCACUACUGAGGAGAGACCGAGGUUGAUGAAGACGAUGACUGGACUUGGUGUUUGAAUUUUCAUUGUGAAGAUGGGUCACGUCAACACCUUGUUUGCUCUUUGAACGCAAAUGGUUAUAUUCAUUUGAUUUGUUAUGAUGACACGUUACCCCUUUCACUUGCUUACCCCCCAAAACUGUGGCACAAUGUGUGUUGUGUGGUAGAGUGGAGACAUUGAUAUAUGUAGGGUUACAGCUUGAGGAGUGAUUGAAUGUAACAAGCCAUGAGAUUAAUACCCAAGAUAUUAACCAAAACACAAGAUAUUACCUGAGAACCAAAACGCUACAAUGUGAAUUGUGGUGGUGAUAAUAAUGAAACUUGACUAGAAAUUAAAUUAGACCUAAUUCUACCUUUUAUUGAACUUGGUUCUGAAUCUAAUUAGCUUGGUGAUGAGAUGAGGAAUUUAAAAAAGGGGUCCCUCAAGGGUCAGUCUUGAGCCCAUUAUAGGUGUUUAUAAAGUGCCAAUGUGCCUUAAAAUGAGAACUUGACACCCUUCGUGCUCUAGGUUGUGGAUUAGAAUUACCUAGCUACAGUAGGGAUAGCUUUUUAGAAGAAAAAAUAUAUAUCUAGAUACCCAUUGUGUAAUUGUUGCUCAGUUUGGAUUUGUUCCCAAACUACAGUGUCCCUUGUCUGCCUGUACACCUUUCUUUCCAUAGUAGAAAUUACACGCUGAGGAAAAAACAUAAUUCAGAAUUUAUUGAACAGUGAACUGCUAUUGUAUGGCCAUUUAUAUGUAGUAGCUUUGGGAAACCUGCAUUUCUUUUUGAGAAGGAAAGAAGGGGGGGGAUGGAAAUGAAUAAAUUAACCAAUGCAAUAAACCAUGUCUGUAUUCCA